UCCUUCAUGUCGGUGCUAGACCACAUCAAUUGCUGCAUGCAGCAAGGUGAUAUCAGGCCUCAGGAACGGACAGCGAUUGGGCCUGUGACUCUAAGGAACAGGGGAGGACAAGGCGCCCCGUGCGCCCCAAGGCCCAAGGGAGGCGGGAUGGACUGCGCCAAUCUGCCUCGAUCGGCCCCAAUCCUGUCCCAUCCAUCCACCCUGCGUUUGAGCAUUAACUUGCGUUAUCUUCCAAGCAGAACUCUUUUGUAUUUUGAAGCACACGCGCAAAGCGUCGCAGCCUCGUCCACAGGCAACCUCGUGCAGCACAGUGCAGCAGCAGUUGCAAAGCGAGCGGGUCGUGUCGUGCGACAGUAGUACAGCCUAAACGCUGCGAAUUAGUGAGCACCUGGCGUACUUGAUGCUUUGAUGGCUGGAUAUAAACUCUUCGCGCAAAUUAAGGUACGCGAGCAUGGCCGCCGCGUCUGACAACGCGACAGUUUGCAUGGGCCCCGAGAGCAGUUUCACGAACUCUCUACACCCCGUCCACUGUCACUGGAGUAUUUACGACUAACAGUUACGCUCGCUGUCAACGUGAAUGCUGGACAAACGCACCGCCGUGGCUGCACCUGCUGCGAGCUCGCUCGCUUUGACACCAGUACCUGCUCCUUGAGUCGUCUCUGCUUAUCAAAAAUGUCAAAUCGAUUAAGGCUGCUUUUACUGGGCCCUAUCGCCCUCUGUUACCUGAAUUCCCGUCGUGUGGAGGGUAUUCCUGUCGAACGGGGGACGUUUGAUGGCAUUCGAAUGUCACCACCCAUUGACUUUGCUGUUCUGGGAGGAAGUAAGUGUGGCACGUCGGCAUUGUGGAAGUACUCGACCACGAACCCUGCACUGGCUUGGGUGGGAGAGUUCAAGGAGAAUGAGUACUGGGCCAAUCAGAUCGGGAAGAGCUCGCUGUGUGACAACGUCGUAGAGGAGUACCUUACCCUGGCUGCGACUCAGCGCCGAGUGGCGCUACAGCAGCGGCCGGGUCAGGCUGUGAUCGUGGGCGACUGGGCGUCCGCCAACCUGCAGUGCCUGUGCUGCGCCGUCUCCCUCAAGACCAUAAACCCAGACCUCAAGGUAAGGCCGAGCCCGCUAGCUGCAUGGCAGCUGGACGGGGCCUGGGACUACUGGCUGGUGGUGGUGCUGCGGGACCCGGUGCAGCGGGCGCUGUCCGUGUUCCUCAGCGCCAAGCGGGCGGCGGGAACCUGGUGGAACGAGUGGACCAAGAACCACACGCUGGCCUCCUAUGUGGACAUGGAGCUGGCCUCGCUGCGACGCUGUGUGCAGGUGGCGCGGCGCUUCCGCACCAGCAACCAGGUGGUCGCCAACAUAGCAGCCGCAGCAGCAGCGGAGCGGGCCCGGCUGCUGGCGGCGGAGGCGGCCGGCGGGGCGCAGCAGCAGCAGCAGUCCCAGCAGCAGCGGUAUCAGUACCAGGAGCAGCAGGGCACUGCAACUGCUGACACUGACGGCAUCUCAAGUACUAGCGGGGCGGUUUCGGACGCGGUGCCUCACGGCUGGGGCGGCGGCAUGGACUUGAGCGAAUGGAUGGAGGCGCAGUGCUACUCACAGAGCCACCUCCUGGGCUGGUCCGCCUACGACGUGUUCCUGUCCAACUACCUCGCCCACUUCCCGCCCCGCCAGCUGCUGGUGCUGUACGCAAGCCAGCUGGCCACGCAGCCCGCAGCGGCCGUGGCACAGCUGGAGGCCUUCCUGGGGGUGCCGCCCGGCAACUACAGCCGUCUGGGGGCUGCAGCAGCUGUAGCAGCCGGCACAGCGGCACAGGGCAGCAGCAGCAUGCGAGACUGCCUGGGCUGGCACUGCGCCCUCAAAAGCGAGCCGAAGCCGACGGCCGACGGCUUCUCUGAAACCGGCAGCAGCGCCAUCACUGCCGCCAGCAGCACCACCGGGGGCCGCAGUGCCGCCUCCAGCAGCCCCUUUGCGCGCGCGGUGGCGGCCCUGGCUGAGUUCUAUGCGCCGCACGUGGCGCGGCUGGUGCGGUGGGGCCGGGAGGGGCGCAUCAGCCCACCGCCGCAGGAGUGGAGGGAGGCGUACGGCCUAGACCGCCACCGCCACCGGUAGCGACACGGCAGGUGGCGGUAGGUGCAUGGCGACACGGACACCGCCGCCGCCACCACCCACCAGUGUGGUGAUGAGCAGCCAGCUGUCGGACCUGGGCGCCUGCCGGUGUGCGACUACGCGGUGCGUCCCACUGCUGGCAGUUUGGAGCACUGGCUGUUGGUUACGUCUGGCGCUGUGGCCGGCCAGGCGAGCUGUUGCACAUGCAUGAUUCGCUGCCUGCGCCCCAUGCAUGCCCCACACACGUGAUGAUGCCACACACGUGAUGAAAGCAUCACACACACACACACGUGGUGAUGCUGGCAGUCAGGAUCCCAGCAGAAAUAAGCAAGCAUAGGGCGUAAGCGCGGUGCAUAAUGUAGUGCAAAGUGGCGACAAGCAUUGGGAGCUUCCCAUUGAGCACAUGGGGGAGGUAGGAACAUGCUGUGUUACGUAGAUAACAGCCGCGACUAACGCGGGUGCACACAGCAUGGUGUUGGACAGGUUUAUUUCCAAGCUUUAGGAUUACAGGCUGCGGCGUGGGCGUCUUGUCCGGCGUCCCACGCAUGCGGUAGAAGGAUGGAAACACAUGUGUGCCUCUGUGUCUUGCCUUGGUCAGAGUGUUUGCAUUUUGUACUGCAACGUCGUGUAUGCGGCGGUAGUGCGGAGGAGUAUUCGGUUGGUCGGACGCAGCUUGUACAUGGGUGGUAGUUGUGCAGCAGGUGCAUCACGCAGCGGUGCAUCCGCCCCCCCCCAGCAGGUGUGCAGGUCUGUUUGCAGCUUGAUGGGGGCAACGCAUGGAUGGGCUUCGACGUGUGCGUAUGUGUGUGCGUGUGUAUGUUAGUACAUGAAACGAAAGCCUGUGUGUGUUAAAGAGCACAAGGAAAACAUUACGCGUAGGACAGUGUAUGCGAUGCAGAAUUACGGCCGCGGAUUACCUUCAGAGUAUAUAUAU